CUGUUCAUACAAGAUAUAAAAUGAUACAGCUUUUUGCGAUAGCACGUCAUGUCUACCUAAUCGAUCCGGAAACGGGUACAUAUAAAGAAUAUAAUACUGAGGAUUGGUCUUCAACAAUCUCUGGUGCACUUAUUCCCUCAACUCACAAAAUUUACGUUACCACUACAUUCAACAAUCUUUGGGAAAUUUCUUUAGCAGACAAUAAUGUUCGAAAAAUAAGUUGGGAUAGUUGGGGAGGUUGUAAUACCUUAGUUACAGUUCCAGAUGAUCCAAGCGAAUGUAGUUUCAAAUUAUUCGCAUUUUGCCAUAAGCUUUGGUUAGUUGAUGAUCCUAAUACUGGUCAUUGUACAGAUUUUUUGGGUGGAUAUACUGAUAUUUGGGCUAAAGUUAAUGCUGCAACUGCUGUAGGACAAAAGAUUUAUGCUACAACAGUAGCUAAUAAUUUGUGGUGUGUUGAUACAAUUACUAAGGAAACAAAGAAAUUGGGCGGUGGGUCAGAUAAUUGGUCGAAUUGCAGAGCUUUGGCCAAUGUUGGAGGUAAAUUAUUAGCAUUCUGUUAUGGAUUAUGGGAAGUUAAUACAAAUAAUGGUGAUUAUACACCAUUUUUCGACAAGGAUUCGGAGGAGGCCAAAAGAUCUUGGUCAGGAGUAAAAGCGGUUACUGUUAUUGAUACCUGUGUUUAUGUUGUAGCGGGUGAUCAAUUACUGGCAUUGGACACGGUUAGUAAAAAGGUCCGAGAGGUAAGUAAGGAUAAUUGGGGUUCCACGAAAGUUUUGAUUUCUGUAGUAUUACCUGAUGACUAA